AUGGUAAUCAAAAGGGAAUUAGAGUUGUUUGAAAAUCAGAUAACCUCUUUUAAAGCAAAUUUUUUUGGAAUCCGCCACAUUCAAUAUGUGAUGAUGUUCAUAUGCGUAAACAUCUCGUACGGAACGAGAUCCAUCCUCAGUAUUACGAUAUUUCCGAUGACUGAAGAUGAUUCUACUAAUAAACAAAUACCUAAUUAUCCAGAAUGGGCUCCCCACAAGAACAUGAUCCUAUCGUCGUUCUUCUGGGGCUACAUCUGCUUCCAAGUGGUCGCCGGACAAUUUAUCAAGAAAUGGGGCCCGAAAUGGUUCUUCGGUGGUGCCAUUUUUAUUGCGUCUUUAUUCUGCGCAUUGGUACCGCUAAUAGGCGCUCAAUUAGGAUAUCAAGGAGUGAUAGCAUGUAGAAUUAUUACAGGAUUAAUGCAGGGGUUUAUGUUUCCUUGCGUACAUUGUCUGUUGAGUUUUUGGACGGCCUUCCAGGAUAGAGCUAAGAUCGGAAGUUUCGUUUAUGCUGCUGGACCUCUGGGUAACGUAAUUUCUCUUCCAUUGUCUGGGUUAAUAUCCAAUUCCAAAUAUGGCUGGCCAGCAGUUUUUUAUCUGUACGGAGUAUUAGGAAUGGCUUGGUCAGUUCUAUAUUUCAUAGUCGGUUCUGAUAGUCCAGCCAAACACAAAACAAUAUCAAUGUCGGAACGACAGUACAUUGAACAGCAGCACGUCGUAGCAGACGAAAUUACAGAGUCUGCCCCUACACCUUGGAAGCAUAUUUUCUUAUCAGCGCCAUUUUGGGCUAUUCUCGUGUCACAUUGUGGGCAAAAUCUAGGAUUCUGGACUCUUCUCACCGAAAUUCCAUCUUAUUUGAACGAAAUUCUGCUCUUUGAUCUAAAAUCCAAUAGUUCAUUGUCGUCUCUUCCUUAUUUAGUCAAUUGGAUAUUAAGCUUGAUGAUGGGUCCCAUGGCAGACUUUUUAAUUACCAAAAAUUAUGUUACUACUGGUACUAGCAGAAAGAUAUUUAAUAGUAUAGGAAUGUUCAUACCAGCCAUCUCGCUGAUAUGUCUCACAUUCAUCGACUCCAAGAACCCAGUGGCUGCCAUAUUUUUGUUGACAAUGGCAGUGGGAUUCAAUUCAGCCGUAUAUUCUGGAUUCAAUGUCAACCACAUCGAUUUAUCACCGGUACAUGCCGGCACUUUGAUGGCUCUGACGAACAGCGUAUCGAAUAUAUUUUCUUUAUUUUCGCCCCUGAUUGUUGACAUGGUGAUCAGUGUUACUGGAUAUAAAGAGACUCAAAAACAGUUGUGGACCUUUGUUUUCUGCAUAGCCGCCGGCGUGUAUAUAACCACCGGCAUUGUUUACAAUUUAUUUGGUUCCGGGGAAGUACAGAGCUGGAAUAAUCUCGAAGAACCUCAAAACAACAAAACGGACGAACCAAAAAAACAAGAAUCGACUUAUAGAACUUUCGAAGAUAUCAAAAUGGAUAAAAUGAAGACGUGA